CACACACACACACACACACACACACACACACACGCUCCCCGUUUCUUUUCAGAGAAGCUCUCACUAUGGAGAGCGGAACUGGACUGGAACUUGCUAUACAGACCAAGCUGGCCUCAGACCCAUAGAGAGCCAUCUCCCCAGUGUCCCAAAGCUAGUAUUAAAGGUGUCGUCAAGAAGCACACUCUGCUUCUCUCUUUCAAAAGAGUCUUAAAUUUUACUCAAGUAUUUGUUCCCUGAUGCAAGUAUGGAACCUGUUUUCUUCCCCACCAUGUAAGGGAUCAAACUGUCGCCACAUGGCAGCUCACAGCAGUCUGUAACUCCAAUCCCAGGGGUUCUGACACCCUCACACCAGUGCACAUAAAAAUUAAAGCAAAACAACAGCAAGAACAACAACAGGGGCUGGAGAGAUGGCUCAGAGGUUAAGGGCAUUGCCUGCUCUUCCACAGGUCCUGGGUUCAAUUCCCAGCAACCACAUGGUGGCUCACAACCAUCUGUAAUGAGAUCUGGUGCCCUCUUCUGGCCUGUAGGCAUACACGCAGACAGAAUAUUGUAUACAUAAUAAAUAAAUAAAAUAUUUUUUAAAAAAGAACAACAACAAACGUAUAUCACAAACAAAAGAAAACGAUUUUGAAGCAUAUUGAACAGAGAACAGGUCAGCGGCAGCAUUACACCCCCUGCGAUGGACAUUUUGUUGGUUGGUUGUGUGUGAUGCAUGUGUGAGAGGUGCGAGUGUGAACCCACCGGCAAGCUAGAAGGCAGCUUCGUGGAGUGGGUUCUCCCCUUCCACCUUAACAAAGGGUGCCAGUGAUCAAACUCAGGUUUCCAGCCUCGCAAAGAAAGCACGUUUACCUCUGGCCCAUCUCCCCAUUCCUGUUGUUUUGUUAUUUUUGGUGUGGUUGUUAGACAGAGGGAAGCUCUGGCUGACCUGUAACCAGCUUAUGUAGACCAGGCUUACUUUGAAUGCCUCCCGAGUGCUGGGACCAAGGCAGGUGUCACUCUGCUCUUGUUUUCUGAGACUGGGUCUCAGCAUGUAGCCCAGAUUGGCCUGGAGCUUGUGAUUUUCCUCCUUCAGGCAUGAGUCACUAUAUCCAGCCCGUGGAGGUCAUGUCAUAAAACCAAAUGCCUAAAUGUGAGGCUAUGGCCCUGUAUUUUCCCAAACAGGAAAGGUCUUCCAGAAAAGAGAACCAGAGUGCAAUAUAACUCAUUCCUUACUCACGCCCUAGCCCUUCGUAUUGGUCUACCGUGAUGCUUCUCCGCAAUUUACCAGUGUAUCUAUGAAAACCACUAGAUAAAGACUGAGUUCUCCCUUGGACCUUAAUCUACUGGAAACAAGGUGUCUCGGCCAGCCACUGAGUUCAGACGGAGCCCAGGUUUCAGGGCUGGUAAAUGUUAAUGAGGCAUUAACAGUAUGGGGUAGUGUAACUUUUCUUUAACAAAGCUUCCUCAAACUGUCUGCCAGCCGGCUUACUUUCCCUGGUGAUGUACAGGUUACUACCAUCUCAGGAAGAAGUUGGCUCACAAGCUUGCCUGCUUGGAGGCAAUGCUCUAGGCUGACUUUAGCAACCAUGCGCAGACUGUACUGGUAAGGAGGCAGGUAAUUACUACACUGUUGGCAGCGUGAUUAUACUUGAAACAUUCUCGAUUGGAAUCGUUUAGGGCCUCCCUAACUCGCUUCUUGUACUCCGAUGGUUCCAGUUUCAAGGAAGAGCUCUCUUCCCACCACACUGUAAAAACGCUGGUAUUAGUUAAGAGUGGCCAGACUACAAUUACCACAAGACAUCGCGGGUCCUUAGCAUCCGGGACACGGUCCGCAAAGAUCCCUGGGUAUUGUGGUCUUGUGCUUCGGCAGCGACCCUGUGCCAACGGUAAAAUUUCAUCCGAAAGGAGGACCACAACUCCCAGCAACCUUUGCUGCCGUGCGGGGGGUCUUCACGUUCUCGUGGCGCGGCGCAGGCGCUGUGGGUCCUCGGCGCGGACCGCGCAGACUGAAUAAUAAAAGGGGAGAGGCGAAGAGGCAGGAAGACAGGACCAUGUCGAAGGGCCCGGGGCCCGGCGGCUCGGCAGCUUCCUCGGCGCCCCCGGCCGCUACCGCUCAGGUGCUGCAGGCACAGCCCGAGAAACCGCAGCACUACACGUACCUGAAGGAGUUCCGCACAGAGCAGUGUCCGCUCUUCGUGCAACACAAAUGCACACAGCACCGGCCCUACACCUGCUUCCACUGGCACUUCGUGAACCAGCGGCGCCGCCGUUCCAUCCGCCGUCGGGACGGCACCUUUAACUAUAGUCCAGAUGUCUACUGCACCAAGUACGACGAGGCCACAGGCCUCUGCCCAGAGGGUGACGAGUGCCCAUUCCUGCACAGGACCACAGGGGACACCGAGCGCAGGUACCACCUUCGUUACUAUAAAACUGGAAUCUGCAUCCAUGAAACAGACUCAAAAGGCAACUGCACCAAAAAUGGCCUGCACUGUGCUUUUGCUCACGGCCCACAUGACCUCCGCUCCCCUGUUUAUGAUAUCAGGGAGCUCCAAGCCAUGGAGGCCUUACAGAAUGGCCAGACUACAGUAGAGGGCAGCAUAGAAGGCCAGUCAGCUGGGGCUGCAAGUCAUGCCAUGAUAGAAAAAAUCCUCAGUGAGGAACCUCGGUGGCAAGAGACUGCUUAUGUCCUGGGGAACUAUAAGACAGAGCCAUGCAAGAAGCCUCCACGACUGUGUCGCCAGGGCUAUGCCUGUCCCUACUACCACAACAGCAAGGACCGGCGGCGGAGUCCCCGGAAGCACAAAUACAGGUCAUCUCCAUGCCCAAACGUCAAACACGGGGACGAGUGGGGAGACCCUGGCAAGUGUGAGAAUGGGGAUGCCUGCCAGUAUUGCCACACCCGCACAGAGCAGCAGUUCCACCCAGAGAUCUACAAAUCCACUAAGUGCAACGAUAUGCAGCAGUCGGGUAGCUGUCCCCGAGGACCUUUCUGCGCCUUUGCCCACAUAGAACCGCCACCCUUAAAUGAUGACAUGCAGCCUUCCUCAGCUGUAUCCAGCCCCACCCAGCCGGGUCCUGUUUUGUACAUGCCAUCUGCUGCCGGAGACUCGGUCCCUGUGAGCCCCUCCAGCCCGCAUGCCCCUGACCUCAGCGCCCUCCUCUGUAGGAACAGUGGCUUGGGCAGCCCAUCUCACCUCUGCAGCUCCCCACCAGGCCCUAGCAGGAAGACUUCAAACCUGGAGGGCCUGGUCUUCCCUGGGGAGUCCAGCCUUGCCCCUGGCAGCUAUAAGAAAGCUCCUGGCUUUGAGAGGGAGGACCAGAUGGGAGCAGAGUACCUGAAGAAUCUCAAGUGCCAGGCUAAACUGAAACCCCAUUCGCUAGAGCCCAGGAGUCAAGAGCAGCCUCUGCUUCAACCUAAACAGGACGUGCUGGGCAUCCUCCCUGUGGGCAGCCCCCUGACCUCAAGCAUCUCUUCCAGUAUUACCUCCAGCUUGGCAGCCACUCCCCCCAGCCCUGCAGGCACCAGCAGCGCCCCUGGCAUGAAUGCAAAUGCUCUGCCCUUCUAUCCCACCAGCGACACGGUAGAGUCGGUCAUAGAGUCUGCCUUGGAUGACCUGGACCUAAACGAGUUUGGAGUAGCAGCCCUGGAGAAGACUUUCGAUAGCAGCACAGUGCCCCACCCCAGCAGCAGCACCAUCGGUGGCAGUCUGGUGCAGAGUUCUGCACCUGUGAACAUCCCCGGCUCCUUAGGCAGCUCAGCCUCCUUCCACUCUGCUUCUCCGUCCCCUCCCGUCAGCCUCUCCUCACAUUUCCUGCAACAACCCCAGAGCCACUUGAGUCAGUCAGAAAACACAUUUUUGGGGACCUCAGCAUCACAUGGAUCUUUAGGUCUGAACGGGAUGAACAGCAGCAUCUGGGAGCAUUUUGCCUCUGGAAGCUUCUCCCCAGGCACUUCCCCUGCCUUCCUAUCAGGGCCAGGGGCUGCUGAGCUGGCCCGGCUUCGGCAAGAGCUAGAUGAAGCUAACGGCACCAUCAAGCAGUGGGAGGAGUCCUGGAAGCAGGCCAAGCAGGCUUGUGAUGCCUGGAAGAAGGAAGCAGAGGAGGCCGGUGAGCGAGCCAGUGCAGCCGGAGCAGAGUGUGAGCUGGCCCGCGAGCAGCGAGAUGCACUGGAGCUGCGGGUGAAGAAGCUGCAGGAGGAGCUGGAGCGGCUACACACUGGGCCAGAAGCGCAGGCCCUGCCGGCUGCCCCCGACCUGGAGGCGCUCUCGCUCUCCACCCUGUACUCCCUCCAGAAGCAGCUACGGGUCCACCUGGAACAAGUGGAUAAGGCCGUGUUCCACAUGCAGUCGGUGAAAUGCCUUAAGUGUCAGGAGCAGACCCGGGCAGUGCUACCGUGCCAACAUGCUGUGCUGUGUGAGCUCUGUGCCGAGGGCAGUGAGUGCCCUGUCUGCCAGCCUAGCCGAGCCCAUGCCCUCCAGUCGUGACCCUGCAGACCUGGCCCAGCUGGGCCCAGACCUUUUCUCCUAGGACUUUUUAAAGUAUAUAUAUGUAUGUAUGUAUGUAUGUACGUAUGUAUGUAUAUGUAUAUGAUUAUGUACAUGUAUACAUUUCUGUGUGCGGGUGUGUGGUGCCAGCGUGUGCACAGUGUCUGUGUGUGUAUCUGGACAUAGAUAAAGACACACACUUUAAAACAGACUUACCAAGCACUUUUUAAAGAAAGACUAUUUUGCAGUCCCCUCCUGUCCAUUCCCCAUCCUUCCUGCUCAGAGACAAAGUCCCCUCUUUUCCCACUGGCCUUUUGACAGUGAAUAUGUUUUUGUCUCUUUUUUUAUGUAAGAACUAACUAUUUUUAACUUCUUCCUGGGGCCAGAGCAGGGAAGGAUGGGAAGCUGGGAGGGCAGGCUCCAUUCACCCUGCAUUCCAGGCCAGGGUCUGUCACAGUGUGGACUCAAGUCCCCAGCUCCCAGCUGUGAGGGCUCAGGGGAGACCUGAGACUUUUAAGCCAGCCUAGCUCCUGGUUUUACCAAAUAUGUCUUUAACCCCGGGGACAGCCACGGAGCUGGCAGGCCAAAGCUGCAGGCUAGUUCCAUUCCCAUACCUGGGCCCUUGGAGCUCCUCAAGGGUCAAGGCCUAGCUCUAUCUGUCCCUCAGGAUCUUCAAGCCUGGUCUUCUCCUUGAUCAUUUCUUCUGCGAUCUCCAGGACAGCCUCUUUGGCCCCACAGUCACCUGACAGAUUGGCACUGCCCUCACCUGUCCCUGCCUCCCUCCCUCUGGCACAAGGCUGUAUAGGGCCGGUGGCUCCCUCCCUCUGGCAGCUAGCAGGGCGAUUGUUGGGAGGAUUGCAGUCUGAGGACCUCCUGGGAGGCGUUGUAUGCAUUCCUUGGUGCUCUUUGAGUGCGGCUGACGUACUGCCGUUGUGGGCAGACGCCUGUGUGCAUGUGUGUGCGUGCCUGUCCGAUGUAUAUUGUGUUUAGCUUCAAUUUUAAAAACUGUUCUGUACAGAGAUGCAGUGGAUGGGAAAGCAGAGUGGGCAGAGGGAGGCAGCCCUGCUCCCAGCACUGGGUGUCCAGUGGGCUAGAGAGGGCUAAGAACAUCUGCCCCAGCCCAGGCCCCUCCCUUGGGCUCAGCACGAAAGGGCUUUCAAAGAAUUAAGUGAAAACUUUCUCCUUUUUUACAAAAAUGCAAAAAUCAACAAACUUGGAAAUAAACCAUGAACUUGCA